GUGACAACAGAUGGAAUAAUUAAUGACUAAUCAGCCAUGCAUGGAAUCCCCAGGCUUUCUCUGGGGGUUGAAACACUGACCCAGUUUCCGUGGCAACACUGAAUGACUGAUGACAUCAUGACUGUAAUUUUAGCUCAAGUCCGGCUUCCAAGGAUGGUCAUGUGAUCUCACUCGCACCACACUCACUAGUGUGUAGUAGGUGGUUUGUUAUUGAGUAAAGACUCAGGAAAUGGAGGUUUUGACAUCACCUCUUCCAUUCAGAGUUGUCUUGCGCUGUGUUAGAUGCUCUGCAAGGAUUCUACUCAGUCAGACAAGAACUGCUGCUCUGCUUUCAGUGUGUUUAGGGACUUGUUUAAGCCUAUUUAAAUUUACUUUUUAUUUAAAUUUUUUUACAUCUACUACCAUCAAACUUUUAUCUGGAGAAGAUGAAGCAGGAGAAAGCCAUCAAACUAUACAUAUAGAAAUACAUAUAGAAAUAUUAAUUUUUAUUGAUAGAGUUUUGAGGCGAUGUGUAUGGGAAGAGGAGAGAAUGAUAAAGCUUUCAGAAUUGCACAUUCAUCCACUGACACAAACAUAUUAUUUUUCUUGAAUUAUAAUGCUGCUAAUUUGUUCCUUUAUUGCCUCUCAACUAUAUUCACUAAACCAUAUUUAACCAGUCAUUUACAAGCCUGUGUGCAAAUGUACCAACAACUGUUGCAUGGUGCAGACAAGUGCAAAGGAUUGAGAGGAAUGUUAUCAAAGGCUAUUGUGAGUAAAUUCAGGAUCGGACAUUGAAUAAUAACAACAAUAGCCUGUCAGAUCCAAAACCUUAGCCCAAAAGCUCAACUUAACUUUGCACGACAUGCCGUAAACAGGGACACUAUCGCCUCAGCAGCGCCAACACGCUGAAUACUGGAGGAGAAAAGACGGUAUUGGAUUGCUUGAAGUAUCUGCUGAUACUCCAAGUUGCAGUAUCAGUAUCGGACAUGAAAAAGUUGUAUUGAACCAUCCUUCUUAGUUUUAAACUUUAUUAAAAGGCUCUGCGGAGGUUGAUGUUCACACAUGUCACUGGCUAUAAUUGUUCUUAAGUACUAAUGUCUUAAUAAUUUUUCUUGUGAGGGUGUCAUAAUAUUGUCCUCACAGUGGCUCUCUAGAACGUACUACUCUCUGUGACUGUCGACUGCUCUCAUUACUUAACCUACUUAAGUAGUUGCCUGUGUGACACAUUGAGUAGUGGUUAAUUGCAUUAUCCCCAUCAUUGCUGUAGUUCGGGAGUGUUUGAUAUCAUGGGGGAGGCUGUCCAUCAUCUGGUGCCACAGUUAAUAAAAAAGGAAUGGAAGGAGAAGAGGGAGGUCUCAGCUGUGGAUGGAAUUCUUUAAUUCUCACCUCUCUGGUAACUCUCUCCUCCACCUCUUUCCACUGGGGAAGUACAAUUUUAUUCAACCCACUAAAUUCCACUGCCCCCAGACAAUGUUGGGUUUUAUGUAAUGCAGCCUUACCCCAGUGUGUGAACGUUCAUCACACAAUAAAUCCCCUAAAGGCGGAUUGUUCCAAAAAUGCUGAGAAACAUUAUAAAUCACUAAACUGAUUGUACCAUGUAAAAAAAUACUACUCCACUGUGUGGACUGCUUGCCCCUUUAAGCCUGGCUACGCCUGACUUGAACAUAUGAGAAGCUAAUCUUCCCUCAGUCCUGAGCGAUACAAGGCUGGCAUCCAGCCAAUGUGCAGCACUGAGAGAGGUCUCACUCUUUUUUCAUUUUCUCUUUUCCAUCAUGCAAAUAUCAACCUUAGUGUCAAAACAGCACUUUUUGACAGUUACUCUUUAUCUCUGUGCCCUAUCUAUUACACCAUUGUCUCAUCAGCUUAUUUAGAGCUUGGCAAACAUCACCCUGGCAGGUAUUAGUACACAGUAGCCAUGUAGUGGUUUUAAUACCAUUUCUCACUUGCCCCUAUUCCCAUCCAUCCACUCUCUUUGUUUCAGGCAUUUUCUGAUAUAUUCCAUGUAUUGAUUACUUCCCUCUUAAAUCAGUAGUUCUUAACCUUGUUGGAGGUACUGAACCCCACCAGUUUCAUAUGCCCUUCAGUGAUGGCCAAGCAGGGGGCGUGAAAAUUACUAAUCAUAUAAGUCGGGUGUGUGUCUUGUCCUCCGCCGAACCCCUGGGGUUUGAUCGAACCCAGGUUAAGAACCACUGAUCUAAAUCUAUUAAUCUCCCAACCUAAAGCACAAAGAGCUGCGCCCUGAAAAACACCCCCUUGCCAUCAUCCUCCUCGUCCUUAUUAUUUUGUGGAGUUUCACCCUGCAGCCCUCAACCUACCUUUCAGUUUCCUUCCCUCCACCCUUUUAAAUCCCACUCCUCCUUUUCUCUUUGUGAGGAGUGUGUGUAUGUGUGUUUGUGCAUGUGUUUGUUGGGGAUGCUUUACCCAGCUGGACAAUACGUGUUGACUUGCACGUGCCAAAUGUCAGGAGGUAUGACUGGAUACACUACACCAGCUACGACUAUCCACACCCCAACAUGCCCUGAAUAUAAUAUACUAAACCAGCUGAACGGUGAACUGACAGACAGACAGACAGACGGGCUUCAAAAUGCUUGAAAUGUGAAGAUGUAUUUGUUUAAAAGACAACUCCAACAGAAUUUACCAUUUAGAUGCAGGAAUAAAACAUGUUGAAGAGUUCACAUGAAAACUGCUCUGACUUGACUUUACUUUACUUUACUAAUCAUUGAAAGUAAGUACAUUACAGGUCAGUACAUUACAGGUACAACGUGCCUGCAGUAAUCAUGAAAACACGGAAGCUAUUUAAUUUUGAGCUUAUGUGCAGAAUAAACUAGUGAUCCAACAUGGCAGCCUCUGAAGAAAACAGUAACUACAUUUGAAGAAUAUUUUACUAUUGAGCCUCUCAGAGCAUUUGAUGAAAAACAGGGAUUUGUGGUGGGUAGUAAAGAGAAAGAUAAUGAAAAGAUAAAGCGUUGUGGAGAGAGUGGGGAGUAGAUGAGACAUCAGAUGACCUUGAUGCCAUUAGACCUCAGGGAAUAUGAGUUGUUGGUGGUGGUGGAGAUAGGUGGAGUCAGCUGACAGUAAGAGAAAAGGAAGAGGGAGGAAGGCUCCUCAUGUCAUGACUGUGAUGCUGCUGUGAGUCAUUUAAUGUGUUAAAAGUGAAGGAGGCAAAAAGUUUAUCCUGCUGUUUAUACACACACACACACACACACACACACAGACCUCCCACUGUUGAUGGGUCGAUAAAAUGAUUAGAAAAAAAACUUUAAUUUUUAAAUGUGUAAGGCUUUUGUGGUUUCAUGUCAGGACGUUUCUAACAAGAACCGAGAAAGAUGAGUCAGGCUUAGUCAUAUGUAAGUCAACCAAACACACAGACACACACACCACACUGCUGAGGACUGGACUUUUUUCAGUCAUCCCUCCUACAACUGGAGACCUUUUCUGGUUGCUGCUGAGAAACAGUGAGCAAGAGACAGAAAUGAGAGCGAUGAACAGAGAAAGAGAGCGAGAGGAGGUUGUGAAAGACGAAACUGGAUAAUAAACUGACUUCAUUUUGAGAUCAAUGUGAGAAUUUGUUUCUCAUGUGCUGUCAUCUUUCCUUCACAAUGCCUGGUUACAGAAGAUUCAUUGUAAGUGUUUUUCUCAUUUCCCUUUUCAUGUAAAGGGUUAACAGGCUUGGUUUAGUUAUUCUCAGGUGUCUGUGAAAAUGGCUAAAUCAUAAUUUAACUAAGACAUGGCUACAGACGGUAUAACUUCAGGAAAAAAUAUAACUUUUGAUGUUGUGGUAUUUCACUGAGGUGUAAUCCAUCUUGUGUCAAGGUUUAUGUGAGGACAGCUGUUUUGGAUUAACCUGAAUUGCAGCAUGGUGAUGUUGUUCCAGUCUAAUGAUUAAUCAAAGAGUAACUAAGAGUAACUCCUGACUGUUUACAUUUACGGACACAGAAAAGAACCUAAUGUUAUGAUAAUGUUUUGGUAAAUCUCUGCACUUCAACCAGCAGUAUUUAAAUUACAUAAAGGUCUCAUCAACUCUGUUAAAGGUCUGUUUUGAUUUCCUCUCUAUAUCACGUUUUCACCCUUUUUUAAUAUAUUCUGAUUCUGAAAAUGUUCUCUUUGCCUGUGGCAUCUCUGUGUUUGACACAUUUAUUCUUGCCUUAAUUACCUGUUUGGUUUAUGAAUUGUUUUUCCAGUCCUGCACUAGGUUGUCCAACUGUUGUGAUUGAGGACUAAGGGUUAACUAGUAUUAUUGAAAGUGUAUUUUCUGUCGCAAAGGAUUUUUGUCCAGCUACACAAAAAGGUUUUUAUUGUGAAAUGUGCUCAUUUUCUUUAAAUAAUUCUGCUUCUAUACCUUUAAGGGACAGUCACAGAAAUCGUGUGAUGUUGUGUUCAGUAAGUUUUGUCAUGGUCUGUGUGUAUGGAAAGCGUGUGACUCAGGGGUCAACUGUAGCUUUGAGCCUGAACUGCAGUGUCACUGCAGCCGAGGGAGAAACACGCACAAGUUAGCCUCACUAGAAUAAAGAGCUGGUUUUAGAGCCUCUGUUGUGUAUGGUGUGGUUGGUAGCCAAUAUGGGCAUGUGUCAGAUGUGCCCACGCAGAGUUGGAGGCAAGCAUACCACAAGGAUGCUCGCCUCCAGCUGCUGUUGUUGAUGUUGAUGAUGACGGUGCAGCUACGUCAUCAUAUGUUUCCUACCUCUCUUGCUCACUGCGCUUACUCUUGCUCAUUGGCGCUCCCCCAGUCAUGUGACCCUCUUUACUUCUCUCCUCUAGGCUGUGCCGUGUAGUUCCAUUUUAAAAUGUGUGACAACAGAGAAGAGUAGGCAGCGUGCAAUCUACAUGACUCCAUGCAGCCUGUUGAAGGACCUCUAUUCAAGGUCUAAGGUUUAAGAUUAGAGCCCUUUAUUUCAGGCAAUGGAUGGAAACAGGGAAGUGGAAGACAGCAGACAUCGAUGAAAUGGUUAUUGGUGACUUUGAGGAAAAACCCUUUUCUUCCAUCAGGAAAACUGGAUGGCAAAAAAGACAGAAAAUGUGACACACGAUGUUGUUUUCGGCGUGCUUUCCUUUUUCCUGUUGAUGUCAUUCAGUUGUUGAGUUUUGUAUUUUCGCUCAGUCAUCUUGAGAAAAGCGCUGUUUUUGCUGGAACAACCAGCUCUUAAAUACGCUCCAAACCUAAAUAUAACAUCAUCUUAGGAAGCAGUGUUAAAGGAAAUGGAAAGAGACACAGAGAAAAAAGGGUUUUCUCAAAGGUAAAGCUUAGCUGCACUGCACUGUUUCUUAGGCUGCUGCUAACGGUGACUAUCCCUCAACAGCUCUAUCUGUUUCUGCUCACUGUUCACUCCUCCAUUCCAUUGUACGUGCCCACUGUGGCUCAGAUAAUGGCCUCUCGCUCUGCUCACGCUGAAGAGAAAGAGGAGAGGAGAUGGAGGGAGAGACUGCAUGAAAGGGAGGGGAAUGGAAGGGGAAGUCACAAAGGUGGGGGCUGCGAAGAGAAGCUGACUGCAUGUGUUGCCGAGAGAACGAAAGAAGAUAUUGAAAAAAGGAAGGGAGGAGCAGACAGCGAUAAUGAGAAAGGAGAAAGGAGGGAACAGAGAGCAGUGGACACACGAAUAAGCCGUAGAAUGAGAAACGUGUGUGCUACACCGGGGGAAGGUGUGUUGUGCGUAUUAGGUGUGCAUGUGUGAAUGUGUAUGUGUCUUUUGGCUCUCUCACUGUCUGUGCAGUGCACAGACUGGAAGAACUAAUACAGGAACAAUUCAACUGAUCUGACUGGAGUGGGCUGCUUUGCCGGCAAAACAAGUCUAAUGAUAAUCUCUGCUUCUUUUCCUGUUUUCUGUUAUACAAACACCUCCAACAGGACAUCUAGCACAGAACUGUACGUGAGGUCACAUCAGUGGAUGGCCCCAGAAGUGGAGGCCAGAUGGAAAUUUGGUCACAUGACCGCCUCCAGGAAGGCGUACUGAGCAUGGAACUAGCCAAUGGGGUAAAUAGCUACCAUAACAACAAUGAGGCAUCGAUGGAAACACAGCAACAGAGGGCAAACAGUGCACCUCCAAGUCAUUUCUGGGUGCCAGGACAUGGCAAAGUCAGUGACAUCCAACAACAGCAGCAGCCAUGUUGGUAUGGCAGUGAUGAUGCAAAUAACCAUAAACCUGUCCAUCAUGCAAAUAUGGAGGAUGCUUACAACCUGGUGGCUUUCUCUGCUCUGGCUGGCUCCUUGCCCCCAUCCUCUUCAUCUUCCUGCCGUCUUGUGCAGCCUAACACAGCCCACCUGUAUGAGAGAUUCACCAAGGAGAUGUGUGCCGAAGGAGGUCAGGCCCGACACCCUGCACAAGCGUCUGAAGGAAGCUGCCAAUCUCCAGAGGACCUGAACACUCUACAGACAGCACUAAUUCAAGCUAAGCAUGGACACAAACCUCCCAACUGCAACUGUGAUGGCCCAGAAUGUCCAGACUAUCUUGAGUGGCUGGAGAAGAGGAUCAAGUUGACAACCACUGAGAACCAAAAUGCCCACAAGAAAGAGAAGGCUCAUCAACAGCUACCCCAGUUGAAGAAGCAGUCUCAGCCCUACUCCCAAGCCAAUGGAAGCCAGCAUGCAUCAUACUCUCAGCAGCUUCAAGGCCCUCACCCAAGCCAGGUGCCCUGCACCAAACCCCCAAUCACUUGCUCUCCCCAGGUGCUCUCUAUAGCUAAGGAAAAGAAUAUCAAUCUUCAGACAGCCAUUGCUAUAGAAGCUUUGACACAACUAUCUGGUACCAGUCCACAACCCGGUGGCUCUACCAGUCAAACCCCACACAAACACCUCCACCAUCAACAUGUACAGAACCUCUUCUCCUAUCCCUAUAAUGGUUCUAAUUUGUUCCCACACUCUCCUAGCUCCCACUCAUCGUCUUCACGCUCUCAGUCUGUCCCCCCUGCAGUACACAACAACCAGCAGGGUCCACUGCCCUUUGAACAACACAGACCCAAAUCCCAGGGCCAGCCAAUACAUGCUGCCCCACUCCCUUCUUCUACCUCUCCCUUCCCAGGUCAAAGAAAGCCUAAAAGCUUCAGUGCCAAUCCACAACAAUGGCAGCAUAUAUCUGGAAGAGGCCAUGAAAAAAGGAAUUCAUGGAUGUAUAUGAAAUCUGAGCCACACUCCGAUGUUGUCACUGCAACUCCCAAUAGUUCGGACCCAAUGUCAGAGCUCAAACAACUGCUCGGUGGCACAAGUGGUAAGUUCAGCAAUGCUUCUUUCAAGCUGCCAGUCACACAGCAGCUCAACCUGAAACAGAAUGGAAUUAUCCAGGUCCAGGAUAAACCAACACUGUCCAGGUUAAAGCAGGAGCCAGACAUGGGUGAGCACCAAAAUCACACCGCCACAAUGGGACAUUAUGGUAUGGCUAAUGGUCAGCAGCAAGGUCAGCACUAUUCUGGCACUCUGCUGUCACCUGGCCAAGCGACCAGCAGCCACUCCACUCAGGCAGCUCUGCAACACCACCUUCAUCACAAAAGGAACCUCUUCCCUAACCACUCCUCCAGUUUUGGUGCAUCUGGCCAACAUGCAACUUGCCAAAGUUUGAAAAAAUGCUGGCUGCAGAUGGAGGUAGACGAUCUUUCACAUCUGGCCAUCAAACAGGAGCCAAAGGAACCCAGGAAGAAUAAAGGUGUCCAUGGAUCUCCUUUAACAAAAGCUGCGUGUGGGGUGCUUCCAGGUUCUACCCUGCCCAAACCCAAACAGAUAAUCAUCAAGAAGGUUAAGCAGAAAGCUUCCAUGCCAACCUUCCUGCCUCAGAUCCAGAUAGCUAUACAAAAACCAUCCGUCCUCAUGAUGGACAGGGCUGCGGCUCAAAACAGCCUGCAACCAGGCUGCCUCCCCCCGCUGCCCUUACAUAGUAACUCCACUCAGGCUGCUGCUGCAGGCCUCCCUGCCCCAGCCCAAUCUCAGGUAUCCAUAGCCAGUUCCUCAAUGACUUCCCCUUCUGCUAUUUCUGCUUUGUCAGAGUCAGAAGGAGUGGACACCCCAGCCCCCAGUAACACCAGCACCACUGUACCUCUGACCUCCACUUGUUCAUCCAGCACCUCACAAUUACUUCUCAAUUUAGACCCGAAGUGCGAAGACCUGAUUCGCCAGUUUGAGGCUGAAUUUGGGGAAACGACACCAGAUAUACCUACAUGUCAGUCUAUGGAGCAAACAGCUGAAGCCUCAAAACUGGAAAAUCAGCUUAACAAUAAUCCACAGGACCUCAUUCCCACAUCAUCAUCAUCAUCAUCCACCUCUCAGCCAGCACCCUCAGUUGCUACUUCCACUCAAGCUAUGUUACCACUUCACCCAGAUGAUCAGGCAGUGGAAGUUAACAAGGAUGUAUGUGAGACCCAGAGUGGAGCAACUUCAAACCAGGCAUCCACAGAACACCCAGCUGUGGGGCAGCAUGGCCUUCCACAUCAGGAUGCAGUUGUAGACCAGCAGCAGCACAGUGUGUUGGAGAAGUUGCCUUGUUCCUCCCUUCCUAAACGUAUGAAGAUUGAAGCCUCAGGAGAUGUAGCAGUUCUGUCCACCACAUGCUUUUCUGAGGAAGACACACCCACAAAGGACAGUCUGCCCUUUUCUCCAUCUCUCAAAGGCUUCCUGGAGUCUCCUUUGCACUACCUGGAUACCCCAACCAAGAACCUGUUGGAUACUCCUUCCAAAGAUUUACAGCCAGAGUUUCCCCUUUGCAACUGUGUGGAACAAAUCUUGGAGAAAGUUGAAGGGCCCUACUACAAUCAUCUCGGAUCUGGACCGACUGUUGCUUCUAUCCGUACUCUGAUGGAGACAAGAAAUGGAAGUACAGGCAGGAUGGAACAGCUGGAGAAAAGUGUCAGGAGUGAUCGAGAGGGAAAGAGCUCGCGAGGAUGUCCUAUUGCUAAAUGGGUGAUUCGUCGUAAAAAUGAGACAGAGAAGCUUCUUUGCCUGGUGCGAGAGCGUCAAGGCCAUCACUGUGACAACGCCGUCAUCAUCAUCCUCAUCAUGGCCUGGGAAGGUGUCCCCAGACUCCUGGCUGACAAGCUUUACAUGGAGCUGAGUGACACCCUUACCAGAUAUGGCAACCCCACCAGCCGCCGCUGUGGCCUGAACAAUGAUCGCACUUGUGCAUGUCAAGGAAAAGAUGAAAGCUGUGGCGCUUCCUUCUCCUUCGGCUGCUCCUGGAGCAUGUACUUCAAUGGCUGCAAGUAUGCUCGAAGUAAAAUGCCACGCAAGUUCAGACUACAAGGAGAUCACCCUGAAGAGGAGGAGAAACUCAGGGAUAACUUUCAAAAUUUGGCAACCAUGGUGGCUCCUUUGUACAAACAGUUGGCCCCGCAGGCAUACACUAAUCAGUGUGUGUCAGAAGCCAAAGCUCUGGAUUGCAGGCUCGGUUUAAAGGAAGGACGGCCAUUCUCUGGAGUCACUGCAUGCAUGGACUUCUGUGCCCACGCUCAUAAAGACCAGCACAACCUUCAUAAUGGCUGCACAGUGGUGUGUACUUUGUUGAAGGAGGACAACCGUCACGUGGGUGUGAUCCCUGACGACGAGCAGCUCCACGUCCUGCCUUUGUACAAGAUCGCAAGAACUGAUGAGUUUGGCAGUGAGGAGAAUCAAAAACUCAAGAUGAAGUCAGGAGCUAUCCAGGUUCUUCAAGCUUUCCGUCGUGAAGUUAGGACGCUACCUGAGCCUGCCAAGUCUUGCCGACAGCGCCGGCUAGAGGCCAAGAAGGCUGCCUCUGAGAAGAAAAAAAAUAAACUCCUGCAGCAGACAGGGGAGACUCCAGAAAAAACAGUUGUGAAGACUGAGGUCUGCGGUUCACCACAGCCCGGAGGCAAUGGAGCAGUUAUUAAACAGGAGAUGAAGCUUGCUGUCAAAAAGGAACCCUUCAAUGUAUCGCAGGACGGUUACUCUGUGCAGACAGCAGACCCUUUCAACAACAUGUUUCCACAUCCUGCCUACUAUGCAAGGGGAGGCCUUUCCCACACUGGCCAGCCCUCUGCUCCAGACCCAGUUAAUGGCUACCAUCCAGCAUCCAAUCUUCCGACAAUGCACUAUGGCUACUACAACUACGCCCCCAAUGGACUUUUCCCCCAUAAGCAGAGGACCUACGAGGGUCAAAACUCUUCUAAGGCCAAAGCAGGUAGUAAGGAUGUCCAGGAAGAAAUGAAGCCUGAUAUUCGGAGCCUUCAGUCCCAACUACAUCAGCAUUAUCCUGGCAAAGCAGAACAAACCACCCAACCAAACCCCAGCGCCUACGGCCAAUCAGCAGAUUACACCCAGACCCGUCCGUCUUCUGUCUCCUCUGAGAUAUCCAGCAAAGGCACCCCCAUAAUUAAACAGGAGCCCAUGGAUGUGACAGUGUAUGAAGGGGCAUUGCCAAGUCGAGCUGGGUCAAACACACCAGGCAACCUGCAGCCUGAUGCCUGGCCAGGGCAGAAGAUCAAUGCAAGUAUUGGUUCCACAAACUGGGACAGCCAUCAUGACUAUAAACAGAGUAAUGAAGUAUCAAUGUUAAACCUGGAUAAACAGCAGUUCCACCACAUCCAGCACAUUCAGCAGCAGCGGCAGCACCAGUCUCCUUUCCCCCAGAAGUGGACGUCCUACCCUGGUUCCAACACCAUGGCUUCUCCAUCCCCAUCACCAUCUCUUCAGGUACCUUCAUCUCCAUCUCUGUCCCCACACCUAGGCACACCGCUCCCAGGUAGCAUGUACCAAGCCCCCCCACGUCCUGUGAUGCCCUAUCCAAAUACCCCUGGUACACCGCAACCUGCAAACUCUCACUCAGGUUCAGUUACACCACAGCCAAGAAUGCCAGGACCAGCGACACCAUGCCAAUGGCCCGGUCCUGCUCCUAGUCCUCAGCCCAAUCCAUGGGCCAUGGGCCCUGCUGCGUACAGCCCUGGUAUGAAGCACAUCAACCCUGCAGAAGCUUACCCUGACAAAAUAUGGUCCAAGACUGGGGAGAGCCGGUGUUCCAAUCCACUGGGCCUGCAGGAGAAGGCCUGGAAGUCAUGUGGAGGUUCAGUGGCAGGCAGCACUCCGUCUCCUGCACCUGAGGGCCGCCUCUUCCCUGAUGCCCUGCAGCAGUCAGAUCAAGCUUGCUGGGAGACAAGACAGGCUGACAUUGACAUGGAGUGCACCAAAGGUCGAGGAGACUAUGACGAGGUGUUUUCUGACAGUGAGCACAACUUCCUCGAUCCUAAUAUUGGGGGAGUGGCUGUAGCACCAGCUCAUGGUUCAAUCCUUAUCGAAUGUGCCCGUCGUGAACUCCACGCCACCACACCACUCAAAAGGCCUGAUCGCUCUCACCCCACACGCAUCUCACUGGUCUUCUACCAACACAAAAACCUCAACCAGCCCAUGCAUGGUCUGGCUCUGUGGGAGGCCAAAAUGAAGAUCCUGGCAGAGCGAGCGCAGCAGCGGCAGCAGGAAGCAGCUCUCCUUGGCCUUUCCCAGGAAGAAAUCAAAGCCCUCAGCAAGAAACGCAAGUGGGGAGCUACCACAGCAGGUGCUAGCCCAGGACCUGGACAAUUUAAAGAAAAGAGAGAGGGGUCAGUGAUACGGUUAGCUCCCACAUUACACACCACCUCUAUGGUUACAAUGUGUCCCUAUGCCUUUACCCACCUCACUGGGCCCUACAGCUGCAAUGCGUAAGGUCAGACAGACGCAGACUGACUGACUCACAGCUACACAGUGGUGCAGUGAAGGGCUGAGAGAGUGAAGGCUCUCCAAUUUCUCACAGUCUGGCAUCUCUCCAUCGUGUCCCCUCUCUACAAACAUAAAUGGGGGGGGGGGUAUCUUUGUUGUUUUACCUCAUGUCAGGCAGUGGUUUGGGCUUCAGACCAACUGCUUGUGGUGCUCUUCCUCUCUCUUCUCUCAAGAGGAACUCCAUAACUUUUUUUCUUGUUCACAGAAGUUUAAUGGUUCUAACUAUUGCUAUUAUUAUCAAUAUUAAUAUGAUUGAUAUUGUUACUGUUAAUGUUGGUAUUACAGGUAUUAUUAUAAUGAAGACAUGUUUGUUUUUAUUAUUGCUGUUUUCAUUAAUGUUAUUAAUGAUGUUUUUUUUUUUAGUUGCUUUAAAAUAAUUUUUCUUUUUUUUUUUUUAAAGCAAUCAGUCUGAAUCAGUCAGACUCAAAUGAUUUCUUUUCCAUGUCUGGGAAAUGCCUACCCUGUUAUUUUUGUGAUGUUUUCCUUAACUGUUUUGUAAGAGGAGGAGCCAUCAUCCUACUGGCAAGAUUUUAAAUUGAUAUUAAACAAAACAAUGCCUUUCUAUUCGCAUUUCAGAAAUAGCAGUGUUUUCGAUGACGGCUUCAGAUUUAUAUUGGAUUCUAAAAAUUUUAAAUAAUCGAUUAGGUUAAUUUUCCAAUGUUUGGCCAUUGUCAGGACAUAAUAUUGGCACUUUAACAGUUCCACUGCUUUAAUUAUUAU